UGUUCUUCACAGUGGGAAGUAGGCUGCAAGUGCUUUCUCGCUCUAAUAUUUUCUACCACCUUAUAUAUAUCAAACACAUUUCAAUUCAAAGACCUUGACUUUAUCUUUAUCGUUCUCUCUCUAUCUCUCUCUCUCCCGUCAAUCACUUUUUUCUUUGCUUUUUUGACUUUAAUUCCUUUACAGCUUUUCUCUUUUCUUGAGAAACCAAACUGGUUUUUUCGAUCUUACUGUCGAGUCAUUUGGAGAAAACCCAUUUGGAAUUUGGGUGGAAAUUUUGGGUGUUAUACUGAGCUUUAGAAAUGGCUGAUCCAAAACCUGAGGAAAUAAUUCAUCCUCCAAUGGACCAACUUCAAGGCCUAGAGUAUUGUAUUGAUUCUAAUCCUUCUUGGGGGGAAGCAAUAGCACUGGGAUUUCAGCACUAUAUUUUGGCACUUGGGACCGCUGUGAUGAUUCCUUCAUUUCUUGUUCCUUUGAUGGGUGGAACUGAUGGUGAUAAAGUGAGAGUAGUGCAGACUCUGCUAUUUGUUGAAGGAAUAAAUACACUGUUACAAACACUGUUCGGAACAAGAUUGCCAACAGUCAUUGGAGGUUCAUGGGCAUUCAUGGUGCCUAUAAUUUCAAUAAUUCACGAUGCAUCCUUGGAAAGAAUCACCGACCCUCACGACAGAUUCGUAAGUACAAUGCGGGCAAUCCAGGGUGCACUCAUAGUAGCGUCAAGUGUUCAGAUUAUUUUGGGUUAUAGUCAGCUGUGGGCAAUCUGUUCCAGAUUUUUCAGUCCACUUGGAACUGCUCCAGUAAUUGCACUUGUGGGCCUUGGUCUACUUGAUAGAGGAUUCCCUGUGGUUGGACGAUGUGUGGAGAUUGGCAUUCCGAUGCUCAUCCUAUUUGUUGCCUUCUCUCAGUACCUGAAGCAUUUCCAAAUGAAACAACUACCAGUAUUGGAGAGAUUUGCUUUUCUCAUCUCAGUUACA